AUGCUCGCUGGGUUACCGGACUCGAGGCUUGGGGCCUACACUACGCAGAGCAGGGGAGAGGCAGCUGCUCUCCCGACCCACCAAUGCAUGCAACACCCCUUAGGCCCAGCUGGGGUUAUGCUGGUACCAAUUAUCUCAACCCGUAUAUCUCCACGGACUUCAAAUGAUGGCACCAGACCAAACUAUGCAACAAAUCAGCAGGCCGCUAGCUACUUUAAAAUGGCAGAUGUGCAGCCCAAAGGAGACUAUGCGCCACUGGAGUACCAAUACAGCACUAACGAACCUCUAAGCACCCAUUUGAACAAGCUGCUCGAAAACGUCUGGGCAAGGGUGGAAGCUCUACAUGCUGCUGUACAGACACAGAUGACG